CCCAAUGUCAAAACGUACUGUUACAUGUUUGCCUCUGUACGAUCAUUGUUAAUUGUCGUAAAUGCAGAUUAGUAGACGAUUGUUGGUGCGAGUAUGAACUUCAUAAGCGAGGUUCGGUCGUGAUGUGCGAAUCUAUCGGGACAUAUUAUUUAUUUUACUUAGAUGACCAUAUAGCAUUCGAAUGACUGCUGUUCGAAUCGCGUUGCUCGCGGAGUGAGUGAAACAAAAUUCUAGAAAAAAAAGGUGGAUAUCAAAAUACAACGACGUCCGCCAUUUCCAUGUCUGUGUCCGAGUUUCAUCGAGUGAAGUCGCACUCCGCUCCUUCUCCGAUAGUAGACGUCUGGAAGGUGUGUUGGCCGUUGUUCCCUGUAGGAGAGAAGAUAAACUGAACAUAAAGGAUUAAUAAAUGAGAACUGUCGAAUUAGUUGUUUAUUUGUUGUUCGUUGAAUUGGAUUGACAAUAAAGUGUGCCCUUGGUGUGUGACAGUGUCACUGAAACAUCUCACACUCAUUAGUGUGAUUUGUAGUGAGUCCUGAAACUAGCAAGCAAAAGUUCAUUUGCACGUAUAAUGACAUAAGAAGUGUUUGGUGUAUGCUUAAAAUGAAUUGAAAUCCACAUUCGGAUUAUUAUUGUAGUGUGACAUACUGAUAGCGAUAUUAGUGCGUAGAACGCAGGUUUUAAAAUGGUGUCCUAUUACAACCACUUCGCAAUGUACCCGAAGAAUCACAGUGGCAAUCUGCCGUACUCGGCAACCUCCGGCUGGUACCCUCCAAACUAUCAGCACCAGCCGCCGCAUCCACAGUUCAUCGGCGAUGGGGAAACCUCGCCCCAGCCAAUGUAUUACUCGCACCAUCAUGUUUUCCACCAGUCCAGUCCGGACUGGAACAGUCACGAGAACUUCACCACACCGCCACAGUCAGCCUUGCUUCCACACGGGCCCAGUCCCGGUGGGCUCCAUCUGGGGCCGGCUGCUUCCGGCCACGCCAGUAACAACAACGUCGGAGAGCAUAUGGCCGAAGGCAUGCACAGUAUACCGUCGCCCCCGAUCACGGUAUCGGGCAGCGAUAUGUCUAGCCCAGGGGUACCGACCGGGUCGUCCUCACCGCACGUUACCUCCCGACCAACCCCAGUGAAAAGCCCCUUCGAGUGGAUGAAGAAACAGUCCUACCAGUCGCAGCCCAAUCCAGGCCUGAUCAACAUCUGCUCGGCACCGUCCCUGCAAGAUUUCACCCCCUUGGAAUCCGGUGGGAAAACCCGCACCAAGGACAAGUACCGCGUCGUCUACACCGACCAGCAGCGAGUGGAGCUGGAGAAAGAGUUCCACUUCACUCGAUACAUAACGAUCCGGCGGAAAUCGGAGCUGGCCCAAUCGCUCCAGCUGUCCGAGCGGCAGGUGAAGAUUUGGUUCCAAAAUCGCCGCGCCAAGGACCGCAAGCAGAAGAAGAAGGCCGAAAACGGUUCCGUCAACCUGUCCGGCCAGUCCCUGAUGGCAGUCCAUUCGCAGCACAAUGCCCACCACCAAGGUAUGUCCAGUUUGCUCGUGGACACCAAACCGAAACUCGAACCAUCGCUACACCUGUCCCACUUGCAUCAGAUGAGUGCCAUGAGCAUGGGCAUGGGUUCGAUGGGAUUACAUCCGGCACAUCACCAUCUCCACCAUCCGCAUCUGGGUAUGCCCACGACGCAGCAUCUAAAUCAGGGCUCUUCCCCACAGAUGCCACCAACCUCCUUAAGUAUAAUGUGAUGUGGUUCGGUUGAUAACCUUCUUUAAAAAAAAACCUAGCACGUAAGGCCCUAAAUUAUGAUCGAAUAGCCUGCUUAAAAAUAAAUAUAGCGGAAGGAAAGUCGUUCGGAUUAGUUAGGGAGGGUUGCAUCCGAUCAGAAGUAGGGGAAACUGCGCGAUACAGCGUGAUACAUGCGAACUGUUGCCUUACUAAAUCAAAAUCAUUAAACCAUUUUGUUUUGUUAUCCCGGGACUUGUAACCGCCACCGACAUUCCGGUCACGUUGGGAAACUAGAAAACAAAAAAAGUGACAACCAUUCCGCCGUCCAAAAUCCAAAACGGAAAACCGGCAAUGUCUAAAAUACCUAUUAAUGAGCAGCAAAAUUCCCCAGUCCGGAUGGUGGCUUAGUACCUUAACAAAAACUCCCGCGACCUCUCCCCACUGCGUGGCGCGCAACCCUGAGUUAUAGGAACAAAAAAAGUUAAGAUUAUUCUUCUUGAGAUUCUUUCAAAACCAAAACGCGAAAGAGAAGUAUCGAAAAUCGAUUAAACUUUGGAAUCGUAGUAAUAGCGAAACAAAAAAAAAACAAGUGCAAUGUAUAAAAUGAUAUACUUUUUAAUCAAUUUAACUUAGUCCGUAAGAAUUGUUAUUCUUCAUAGCGUAGCAAGUUUAGUUUUAGACGCAAUCGUGUGUGAAGCCUUCGAACAAAACAAACAAACAAAAAAAUAAGAAUAAAAACAAAAUCAGCUACGCACCAGCUACUUAAUAGGAUUAGUUGCCCGUUAGUGCGGAUAUUGUGAUUUACAUCAUUUCGUAAUAGCUACUAACGCGCUGUAAUACUUCGACUGUCGUAUUGAUCUUAUAGAUCCUGGUUUGCUUUCAUCACUCCCAUUCUGCAAUAUCUCCACGGAAACAGUAUUUACAGAAUUUUCCACAAAAAAACUGUAGAUUAUUUUUUCGGUGUGAAAUAUGAACUAUACUAGAUAUACUAGAGAAUAAAACUUUGAAUAAGUGAGGGGAAAAUUCUGUAUUGUAUAAAAAAAAAAGUUAACGGCGAAAUAGAGACAACUACAAAUCAAAAUCG